AUGUCGACCUCCGAAACAUCAUCCUACACUCCGGACAUCCCCUCCGAACCAGUCACAAAAACAACAGACACCAUCCACAUCGAGCUCACGCCCAACGACCUCGACUCACUAGCCGCAACACGCUUCGUCCGCUCUCCCUCCGCCGGCGCCACCGUCCUCUUCAUCGGCACCACGCGCGACUCAUUCAACGACAAAGCCGUCUCCUCGCUAUCCUACACAUCCUACGCGCCCCUCGCCAUAUCCACUCUGUACAAGAUUGCCAGUAAUAUUUUGACAAAGCAUGCUUGUACCAAGAUCGCAAUCAUUCACAAACUCGGCGAGUGUCCCAUUGGCGAGGAGAGCAUUGUUAUUGCAGUGAGUGCGCCACACCGCAAGGCGGCGUGGUUGGCGGGCGAAGAGGCGCUCGAGGAAACGAAGGAUAAGGCAGAGAUUUGGAAGUUGGAGAGGUUUGAGGGUGGUGAGGGUGUUUGGAGAGCGAAUCGGGAUGGCAAGGUGGGUGAGAGGGUGGAUGGGGGCAUUGCGGGCUUGCUAGGCCGCAUCGAAGUCUUUGCCGACACAAAUGUCUGA